AUGCAAACUAUGCAAUUGUUGUUUGUGCUUCUACUCUCCUCGGCUUCGGUUCGAGCCUUCUGGUGGUCCAGCAGUCAGAGCAGUGAACCGCCUGCCACGAAACAAGUCCAGUACGUGCGUGCCUUCACCUACCAGCCGGUGGCGUUUCCUGCGCACUCUCUGCUAGCGCCACCUUCCCCAUACAAAUUCGUGCAGGCCAAUCCGGCCACGCUCGUCGCAAACAGUGUAGCACUGGGCAAGCAGGUCACACCGGUGCAACUCAGCGCUCAUCAGCAGCAGGUCCAGCAACCACAGCAGACCAGUAGUCCCUUUAGCAGCUUCUUCGGGAGUGCCUUCAGCACUGCACAGUCCAGUAGCUCGGUGCAGACACAUCCGAACUCGGUAUCCCAGCAGUACUCCCAGCCACCACAGCAACAGCAGCAGCAGCAGCAGCAACAACAGCAGCAGCAGCAGCAGCAACAGCAGCAACAACAGCAGCAACAGCACCUCCAGCAACAGCAGCCAGCACAACAACAACCUGUGGCACCACCGGCAACAGUGGUUACGGCCUCUCAAACGGUACAGAGCGAUGUACCGAGUCCAUCGCAUCAGGGACCGAUGACAUCGGGUUUCGCUGCUACUCCUCUAUCCGCACCCAGUGUUCCGUUCUACGGGCAGAUCCAGCAACAGCAGCUUGGUGGCAAGUACCCUUACUUCACCAUGGACCAGAUACAGUACCUCUCCAGUUUGCCGGCCACCGCACCCCACACGCCUCAGGUCCAGUUCGUGCCUUGUAUGUGCCCGAUCGCGGUGAACGUGCAAAGUCCCGCCGCGGAGCUCGCCGACAAGCGGUUAGACGAGACGACGCCCGCCGACACGGAUGUUGUUGUGCCGAGCGCGGAAAGUGAAAAGUGA